AUGCGCUCGCCUGCCUCUUUUGGCACGAGUGCGAAUGGACAGGCGCCCGGCCCGUGCACGCCUGCCGAGGUGAACCGGCGCGACGCAUUCGGACGCUCGGUGCUUCAUCACCUCGCAUCCGCCGACGAGACAAUGGCAGGGGAGUACUUGCAGCAGCUCCUCAGCCAUCCGUCGGUGAAUGUCAAUUUGCAGGACCACGAAAGUGGCUGGACGGCGCUGCACCGCGCCAUGUACUAUGGGAAUCUGCGCACCGCCAUAAUUCUGUUGCAACGGGCGGAUACGGAUCCGCUGCUGCGCGACUGGGAGGGCCUUACGCCCUUCGAUUUGUACAAUCUCACCGUCGACGGCACGAGCCCGACGCCGGACGACGCCGCGCACGGCGCCGAGCUCUUUGUGUGGGGGGCCAACCGCAACUAUAAUCUCGGCCUCGAGCACUGCAACGACUGCGUACUGCCGGAGCGCGUCAAGCUCGCACGCACCGAGGCUGGCCCAACGCCAGGCUCACGCUUUAACCGCCUGCGCGUGCGCGACGUGGCCAUGUCCAAGUGGCACACGGUCGUGCUCACGACCGAGCGCCGCUCCAACGUAUACGUCACCGGCAUCGGGACGCUCGGGCGCCUGGGGCGCACGUCGCAGACGCAAAUGAAACUCGAGCGCCUGCGCGACUUUUCCGAGCCGGCCGUCUGCGUGGCGGUCGGCGCGGACCACACGCUGCUGGUCGCUUCAAGCGGCGCGGUUUAUACCUUUGGCUCCAACCGCAUGGCGCAGCUGGGCUUCACGAUCGAAGAGGGGAUGGGGACCGUCGCAUCGUCCACCGGCACCAUCCGCUCGGGCGCGUCGAACGCAUCGCUGCACGGCGUGAGUAUCGGCCAAAACGGCACCGAGCUCGAUAUACAGGUGACGCCACGCCGCGUGCUCGGCUCGCUCAAGCGCGAGACGGUGCUUGGCGUGGCGGCCUCGCGCCUGCACUCGGUCGUCUUCACCGCAGACGCCGUCUAUACCUGGGGCACCAAUACCGGCCAGCUCGGCUACGACCACCACGCGGCGCCGGUGCAGGUGCAGCCGCGCAAGGUCACGGCCAUCAGCCAGCCGGUGCGGCAGGUCGCUGCGACCGAGUUUGCGACGGCGUGCCUGCUCGAGUCGUCCGACGUCGUCGUGUUCCACGGCGACACGCACUUUCGCAUCACCUUUCCGGUGCCACGCCUGUCGUCCGACAUGUCCGUCUUUCGCCCACGGCAGUCGCAGCCGAAGCCGACGAUCCAAAAGCUGACGUGCUCGGGAACGACGUUUGCGGCGCUGUCGGGCGAUGGCGACCUCUUUACGUUUGUUCUCGAGCAUCCCACCGGCCUGCGCGGCAGCCACACGCCCAAGGUGACGCCGCCGCGGCCGCAGCUCGUCUGGUCGGUGCGCCGCAAGUUUUCGGCGGUGCGCGACGUGGCGAUCGGCCAGGACGGCGCCCUGAUCCUCUGCACCGCCACCGGGCACGUCUACCUGCGCGGCGCGCGUGCAGAGAGCGGCACCAGCAAGGCGCAGGCCGCGCGUGCCGCCAAGUUCCACGUCGUGCCGUACCUGCAGCGUGUCGUGCGUGUCAAGAUGAACGAGACGGGGAGCUACGCGGCGCUCCAGGCGCCGCCGCGCCUCAAGGAGAUUGCCGUACGUGGCCGCAGCAUCGAGAGUGAAAUGCUCGCCCUCUUGCCGCACGUCGCGCCCAGCGAUGCGCACCGCACACGGCCACGGAGCGCAAGCGCGAGCAGCGCGAGCAGCUGCUCGUCGCACCGGUCCACGCCUCUCUCUGACGCGUCCGAUGACGACCAGGACGGCGACCAGGCGCUCCAGCGGUACGCUGCGCACGCCCGCACGCUGCUGCACAACGCUGUCGAGUGGCGCGCAAAGCUGCACUACCCCUUCGACGCGCUCCCCGAGGUCUUUGCCGAGACGGGGUGCGACGCGGUGCUGGUCGUGGAGCACGGCACGCUCUACGUGCCUACGCACCGUCUCGUGCUUGCGACGCGCAUUCCCGCGCUCCGCGCCGCGAUCUGGGCCAAGGAGCGUAUGCAGCCCCCAGCCGCGCUCGGCGUGCAUGUCUCGCACGACGGGCCGCUGUGCGUGAUCGAGAGGCCGGACCUCUCGCUGAUUUCUGCAUUUUUCCUUUUGCAAUACCUCUAUACGGACGACCUGCCCCCGGUCUGGACCGCGAACCUCGGCGUGCUCGUCGGGCCACUGUGCCGCUCGCUGGACACGACCUAUGCCCCGGUCCUCCCGGAGCUGCGCAUGCUCGCGAGCUCGUUCGGCCUCGACGCGCUGAACCGCGCGCUGCUCUCGAGCGUUCCUCGUGCGCCAGAGCCGACGCUGCGCGGCGCGCUCGAGCAGCUCUAUGCGUGUGUCGCUGCGCACGACGCACGGGGCUGUGCGUGCGAACAAGCGCCGCCGGACGUCGUGCUGCACCUCGCCGACCGCGACGUGGCGUGCCACUCGUUCUUUCUGCGCCGCUCGCCGAUGCUCCAGGCGCUGCUCGAGUGGCACCGCACGCGGGGCGACCAAGGCACGACGCACGUCGACACGCCACACUGGCACUGGGACGUGGUGCGCAUCGGCCUCCAAUACCUCUAUACCGACGCGGGCCUCGCGAUCUUUGCAGGGAGCGACACGGAGCGCACGCCGGACCAGUUUAUGGACCUUGUGCUGGACGUGCUCCAGUUUGCCGACGAGCUGCUCCUCGACAAACUCCAGGCGCUGUGCCUGACGCUGCUCAGACAGCGCAUCAAGCCGACCAAUGUCGGCGCGCUGCUCGCCGACGCGAACCGCCACAAUGCCACGGCGUUUAGCGAGGUGUGCAUGGACUACGCGACACGCAACCUCGAGACGCUCCUCGAGUCCGGCUUCCUCAACGGGCUCGCAACGACCGACAGCGUGCGCCUCGAGUCGUAUAUCCAGCAGCGCCAGGACCAGCACCUGAAGCGCACCGUCGCAUCCGACCGCCUCUUUGCGCUCUCGCUCAAGCACCAGGCGUACAUCGCCGAGCUCGACCUGCCCAAGCCCUCGCUCAACAUGGCGUGCCUCAAGGUACCAAAACGCCAAAAGUCGCCGGCGCUCGCGCCGAUCGACCGCGCCAAGUCGCCCGAGCUGCCGCCCAUGCCGCAGAACGACGAUUCGCUCCUCUUUGCGAUGGACGACGUCCAGGAGGCACUGCCUAAGGACGACGAGUGGCACACUGUCGGCAAGCAGUCCAAGGGACGGCACUCGACGGCACAGAUGCCCCGGCGCUCGCCGGCGCUCGACGCAGUACAGGGCGAGCCGAGCGUCAGCCGCUGGUCCCUCGAUAGCACGCCGCGCUCGGGGGGAUGGCACAUGCCCGAGACGCCGCCGGUGCCGAGCCCACGCACGAGGCCCAUGGAGCCGUCGGACGUCUUGCACGGCACGCCGCCGCCCAGCGCUACGGUCUCGGUCGAGUCGCAAGAGGCCCUUGCACGCCUGCCGCUCGCUGCACGCGUCUCGCAAAAGGAGCGCAAGAAACAGCAGCGUAAUGUGCCGGAGCCGGCGCCGGCGCCGGCGGCUGCACCGGCGUGGGGGCGCGUCGCACGGCCGUCGCCGAAUCCGAGCCUUGGCCGCCCGUCGCCGUCGCCAAGUGCGAGUAUCGGCCGCCCGUCGCCGUCGCCAAGUGUCGGCCGCCCGUCGCCGUCGCCAAGUGUCGGCCGCCCGUCGCCGUCGCCGAGCGCUGCACGGCCGACACCGGGCACGUCGCGCCCGACUUCGUCGCUGAGCAUGACACGCCCUACGCCGUCGCCCAGCAACGGCAUAUGGCGCUCGUCGCCGUCGGGUGCGUCGCCCGUGUUUGGCGGCACAUCGCCGAACACGUUUGGCUCGCCUCCGGCCAUGUCCUUUGCGCAGAUCCAGCAGCAGCAGCGUGUCGAGGGGAUGGUGCAGGAAGCGGCGCGCCAGACGCCCAAGAACUUUGCACAGAUCCAGCACGAAGAGACUGUUGCGCAGGAGCGGCAGCGGCGUGAGCGGCAAGAGGCUGAGGCGUUUGAGCGCUGGUUCGAGGAAGAGUCGCGGCGUGUGCAGCAAGAGCAGCAGUCGGCGCGACAGGAAUCCUCGCACCGCAACGACGGCCGCGGCCGGCGGGGGCGCCGUGGCGGUGGGCAGCAGCGCUCGUCACGCGGGCGUGGGAAGCAAGCGAAUCCAGCUACGGCACGUAUUGACGACGCAUAA